AUGCCAGAUAGUGACGACCUGCGCCUCGCGAUGGUCGUCCCGAAUGGCACCCAGCCUGCGGGUGGAGGCGAGUCGGACGAUGUGCCCGUCCAAGCUGUGACCGUGACCAUCAACGCUGGCCUCUCGACGCCGGCGGCUGGCCCCGCAGAGCCCGCCAACAGCGGCGGCAUUAUCGAGGCGAGCGAGUCCAGCCAGCCCCUGGCGGGCAACCCCAACCAGCUGAGCCCGCACAGGUGCAGCCGCACGUCGGUGCACUCCAACGGCGAGGCCUGGAAGUCCACGCCCUCGGGGCGCUCUCAGACGGGGAGAGCGUGGACACCAGGGAGCAGUCCUCCCGGCUGCCGUCGGGGUCCGGCGACCACCGCCUGGCCUCCGGGCACUCGGCGAGGGUGA